UGAUUUCACUGAAAGUGACGUCACAGUGCUGCGACGGUCUCUUUGUGGAAGAUAUCAGUGUAACAGAGGCACGUUUAGAGAAGGUGUGGAAGAGAAAUCCUCUUGUAAAAUGAAAUCAGUGACUUAUAAAAAAGUGAGAAGGCAGACCUCAGUUCAAAGUAAUGCGCAAUGCCUUCGGCGCAGCUCCAGACACAGUAAAGAGGAGCUCCCUGAACCGGAGCCUGCCCAUGUUAAACAGGAGCUCUCUGAACUGAGAUCGCUGCCAGUCCGGGAGCAGGAGGACGCUGACUAUGCAGAGGAUGUGUCUCAACUGGGAAUUGUCCAUAUUAAACCAGAGGUCUCUAAAGAAACCAGUACUAACACACCUAAAGAGAAAACAGCCCCCUCCUCCUCCAGCACCAGUGGAACAUCGGAUCGUAAUCAGAAGCACACAUGCUGGCACUGUGAGGUCUCUUUUACUGGGAAGCGGCACUUUCAGAACCAUCUCAAGACGGCGCACCCAGAAGAGGAGCUAGGAAGCGGGCAAGUUAACAGCAGCACACAUUUACAGCAGUGUAGACCAGGAGCUCCUGCAAGAGAGAACAGUCUGAGUGAAUCCCAGAAAUCACAAAACCGCUGUACCGACUGUGGGAAGAAUUUCAAAAACCUCACAGCCCUUAUAAACCACAACAGGAUUCACACCGGAGGCAACCCCUUUGUGUGCACUGCUUGUGGGAAGAGCUUCACCCAGUCCUCACACUUGAAAAGUCACCUGGUACUUCAUACUGGAGAGAGACCGUAUCACUGCUCUGAAUGUGGGAAGAGCUUCAGGUACUCCAAAUCUUUUACCCUGCACAAGCGCACACACACAGGAGAGACUCCGUAUCACUGUACUGUCUGUGGGAAGAGUUUCAGUCAGUCAGUGCACCUGAAAAGACACCAGCAAGUUCACACAGGCGAGAGACCAUAUCCCUGUACUGAUUGUGGGAAGAGCUUUGGGCUCCUUAAAAAUCUAAUAGUACACCAGAGAAUCCACACCAACGAGACCCCCUACCACUGCGAUGUUUGUGAGAAAAAGUUUAAAACUUUAGGAAACCUGAAGUCCCACCAGCGCACUCACUCCACAGAGACGCCUUAUAAGUGUUCAGAAUGUGGGAAAAGCUUCAAAUUCUCCCAGAGUUUUAAAAAACACCAGAAGAGUCACACGGGACCCUAUGACUGUACUGACUGUGAGCAAAGCUGUGAAGAUUUAGGAGCUUUGGAUGCACACCAGAAAAUUCACAGAAGAGAGACCACCCAUAAGUGCACUAUUUGUGGGAAGACUUUCAGAGAGUCUGGGGACCUGAAGAGACAUGAACAAAUUCACAUCACAAACGAGCGCUAUAAGUGUACUUCCUGCUUGAAGACUUUCAGUGAGGUCGGACAGCUUCAUACCCACCAGCAGAUUCAUGCAGGAGACAAUCCUCAUCAGUGCUGUGACUGUGGGAAGAGCUUUGCUGCGUCGGGAGCUCUUAUAAAACACCAGAGAGUUCACACAGGAGAAGCUCUGUUCCUCUGUGCUGACUGUGGGAAGGGUUUCCGUGACUCCACUGCACUCUCCACACACCAGCGCACUCACACAGGAGAGACCCCCUAUCUGUGCACGGUGUGUGGGAAGAGCUUCAAGUAUGUAAGAAGCCUGGACAUCCACCAGCGCACCCACACCCGGGAGACCCCGUAUCACUGCACUGUGUGCGGGAAGCGCUUCAGCCAGGGGCAGAACCUCAAGAGACACCAGCGGGUUCACACAGGAGAGGCCCCGUAUCGCUGUGCUGUCUGCGGGAAGAGCUUCAAGGAGCCUCGGACUCUAGCUGCGCAUCGCCAGAUCCACACAGGAGAGAAUCUUUAUCCAUGUGCCGAUUGUGGGAAGAGUUUCAGACAAGCCAAGAUCUUAAAAGUACACAAGAGAAUUCACACUGGAGAGAAGCCCUUUCCCUGUACUGUAUGUGACAAGAGAUUCAGACAUUCUGGAUCCCUUAAAAAGCAUCAUAAAAGUCAUGAAAGGAAGAGCAAAUAGCUGAGCUUGGGCAAUAUACAGCAACACUACAGAUGUGUGAGGAAUCGGGUUCUGUUUGCACUGAAGACUGAUGACCCUCACUUCAGAAACAUUCAUACAUUCGUCUGUCCUGUUUAUAAUACACUAUCCACAGAGGAAUCAAUAUUGUGGUAGAACUGGAACAUUGACUUUUAGUUCUUAUUUUAACACUGUUAGGGGGGGGUGUGGGGGGUGAUUUAUACAAGUAUAGUGCUGUGUUGUGUUGUGACUGUUUUAUGAUCUUCUUGUAUCAUGUUUUGCCCUUUUGUCUUUCUCCUCCAUUUAAAAUGCCCUCUGUGAAUGGCAGCCUGGGAUCCGUUCCAUGCUCUUUGGCUUGGUCUGUCCCAGAACUCCUGUGCAGGGAUUAGUGGCUUUGCCCUGCAGAGCUGCAGUGUCCUGUUUGGACAGCAGGGACACAGGAGUGGACGUGUGUUCAUGCCAGUCCUCAGAACAAGAAGACUGCAGCUGUUCUAAAGUGUUCAGUUUGGGGGCGCUCUGGAGUUUCUAUGGAAGAGUCAACACCUGCUACAGCAUCUCAUCUUAUAAAACUCAUCUGUUACGGAUUUUGUUAAGAAAAAAAUUAAUG